AUGCAUUGUUUCCAAACCUCUCAACCAUUUUCGAAGAGCAGUGUGCUUCGCUCGUUGAAUGUUUAUAUUGACACCGUUGGAUUAAUUCGAGUCGGCGGACGAUUACAGAAGUCGGCGUUAUCAGAGAACGCGAAACAUCCUAUUGUUAUUGCCUCUCAUCCUUUAGUAAAGCUGAUUAUCCUCUCCGUUCACCUCCGCACACUCCAUGGUGGACUACAGCUCACCCUCUCCACACUCCGUCAAGAAUUUUGGCUUUGUCGUGCUCGACCGCUCAUUCGUUCUGUAUUGUACCGAUGUAUAAUGUAUGCUCGCGAAAGAGCAGCUCCUGCAAACGAAUUAAUGGAAUCUUUGCCUUCGCCACGUGUUAACCGCGCCGAACGCGCCUUUCAACAUUGCGGAAUUGACUAUGCUGGUCCUGUUCUUGUCCGAUCUACCGCAGGUCGAGGAUUUAAAUCUCGAAAAGCGUAUAUUGCCUUGUUUAUUUGUCUCUUUUGGUUCGGGUUCCAGAUGGUUUUUGACGAAGAGCGACUCGGCACAGAAGUCGGCCAGUAG